AUGAUUUACAAGAAAUACAGAAAGUCAGUGAACUUUGCUUCAGAUGCCCCUCAACAAUAUGAAGAUGCCAUUAUUAUCGGGGGCAGCAUUGGAGGAAUCGUAACUGCUGCUUACCUAUCAAAAUACUUCAAACGAAUAACAAUUAUCGAAUCAGACGAUGUACUAAAUGAUACAUUCAUGAAAUCUUCACCCGGUGAAAUAUUAAACUAUCGUUGUUGUCUUCAAAGUCCAACAUCCCUUGGACGUUCAGGUGUUAGUCAAAUAUAUCAGGGACAUGUACUUGAAGGUGAAGGAAGUAAGAUUCUAUUCGAAUUAUUUCCUCAACUAAAAGAAAAGUUAUUAACUGAAUAUGGUGCUCGUAUUCAUUCAAUAAAAACCGAAUCACGACUCUCUGCCAGUGGUGUAUUAUUAAAUCAAAAUUUAACCAAAGAUUUUUACUGGUUGGGUGUUGAUCGUUUUACAUUAGAAAUAGUAUUAAGAAAAGAACUAUGCUUACAACUUGGAAAGAAACUUGAAUGGAAAUGUAAUUCGAGAGUAAUACAACUAAUCGUAGAUCCAUCAUUAAUUAUUGUAAAAGGUAUAAAAUAUCGACUUAAGCAAAAUAUUGGCUCAUCGCCAUUGAGUAUGUAUGGUGAUUUUAUUAUUGAUUGUACUGGUCGCCAUACAUCAUCAGCCAGAUGGUUAAAAGAGAGUUUCAAUUUAACCUUGCCGACUGUGCAAAUAGAUUUUGGCUCUGGCUAUCUUACAUUUAUUGGUGAAAGAUUUAGAACUGGAGAUCUAUCGUUAGAUUCAAUGCCUAUUGUUGGUUGUACAACUAAUUCUCCCGAUAAUAAUACAGGAUGUUAUAUAACUCCAAUAAGUACAAUAAAAACUGAAGAUAAAAAUUCAUUAGGAGCUUUGUCGGUAAUUGCGUUUCAUAGCGUUAAUUCAGAAUGUCCACCAAAUGAUUCCUACGAAAAUUUAUUGGAUUGGACAAAAGAACAUCUGAAUUCAGAUUAUUAUACAAUAUUAAAAUCAACAAAAGUAUAUAGCCCAUUAGUGCCGUAUCGUCAUGCGAUCGAUGAUCGAAAGUAUGCUGAAUUAUUAGGUAAAGAAUGGCCGCGAAAUUAUAUAUUAUUAGGUGAUGCGAUGUGUACUUUCAAUCCUCAAUAUGGGCAAGGUAUGACACAUGCAUGUAGACAUGCAAGAGAAUUAGAGAAAAUAUUCGAUGGUAAUUGUCAUAAGUUAAAAGAUAUUUCUCAUAUUUUCAAUCGUCGUGCUUCAGUAAUCAGUGAAGAAUGUUGGCUUCUUUCGAUAGUAAAUGAUUGGAAAACACCGACAUUAAAAGUAACAAUAACCGAUAAAAAUGGUGAAAUUAAAGUUUACCAACGACAUGGUGAUGCGGCUCAUAGCCAGGAUCAUCAGUCACGCUUACCCCUAAAGGUUCGCUUUUUGCAAUGGUAUUCUCGUUGGUUUCUUCAAUGUGCAUCCAAAUCUGGAUCGUUGUCUACGGAUGUGUUAUGUGUUGUAAAUCAACACACCAGUCCAUAUGUGCUACUGAAACCAACAACGUUCUUAGUAGUCUGCUAUAUUGCAGUAAUGAAUUAUUUUAAGUUAUCUAAAAAAUAA